CCCGAUUGCGGUGCUGUUCCAUCCCUCAAUGCAACAAAGGCCAUUGUGGCGGAAGGUCUGAGGGCCAGGAACGUGAAGAGGAUGUCCCCCCUAGUAUGAUGGCGGCUGGGGCCAUAUGCAGGCAUGUCUUGGCCGGCCUUGGCACCUUUCCCCAGCAGGGAACAAGAGACUGCGCCCAGAGCCUCACCACGUCACUUGUACCGCUCUUUGUCUGGGCAGCGUGGCCGAACAGACCUGAUGGGACCGUAGGGCACUGCGCUGGCUGGCCCCAGCGGGUUCUCCUGCAGGGAGCGCACACGAUCAGUGGUGGUGAUCGUGACUUGGCAGCACCUCGGGCUUGCCGACCCUCUCUUGGGAUUCUAGACUCUCUUGACCUACUUAGCUGGUGCUUGAUCCACUUCCCAGCCGGCUCAGGAUAUCCGUCCUUGUGCCACGCGAGAUGUCAGCACCAAAAUGACUGACCAUAACACGUCAACAUCGCCCUCGCAGUCCAAUGAUGUUGUUGUCCAGCCUGACAAGCCACAAUCGAGCCGGAAACACGCCCCCAAGUUCGAGAUAGACUUCACCGCGACCAGCGACGACAAUGUUCUCGACAAUCCUUUCGCCUUCGCCCCGGGCCACCUGCACAAGCUCGCCGUCGCGCGGAGUGCCCUCGCCCUCCAGGCAUUCGGGGGGCUGAGUGGGCUCGCCUACGGCCUGCGCACCGAUGCCGCGUCCGGGCUGAGCCUAGACGAGGACGUACUGGAGGGCCUCAUCUCUCCUCAGAGCGUAUGCAAGGAGAGCAGCAGCAGCAUCCUCACCCCGGACCCCAAGCUGCAGGUGCAGCACAAUGACGCGCCGCGCCGCCGAAGCCAUAGCGAGGGAAUCCACGGCCUUGCUGAGCAGCUUCGCCUCGAGCGCGUGGAGAAUAGGGGUUACUCGGACCGACGACGCGUCUUUGGGGAGAACAAACUCCCCCCGCCGAGGCAGAGAACGUUCCUGCAGCUCUGCUGGCUGGCCAUGAACGACAAGCUUAUCUUCCUGCUGAUGGCAUCGGCGACUGUGUCGCUGGCCCUUGGUAUAUACCAGGCCGUCCAGAUCCAGCAAAAAGGAGGCAAGCAGGGUUCGAGCCUCGAAUGGGUCGAAUCUGUCACUAUCGUCGCAGCCAUUAUUUUGAUCAUUCUUGUGCAGGCGUUGAACGACUACCACAAGAACUACAAGUUCCAGAAGCUCAACCAGAAGAAGGAGGAGCGGACCGUCACGGUCAUGCGGUCAGGAAAGCAUGUAACGAUCAGCGUGUUUGAUCUCCUCGUGGGAGAUUUGCUCCGCGUCGAGGCCGGUGAAGUCGCCCCCGUUGAUGGCGUGCUGGUGGAUGGGUUCGGCAUACAGGCUGAUGAAAGCCCAAUGACGGGUGAGUCAGAUCUGGUUGAAAAGACCCCAGCGGCCUACAUCCACGACGCAAACCGGAAGAGCGGCGGCAGGGAUCUGGAUCCCUUCAUAUUUGCUGGAACCCGCAUUGUCCACGGCGUCGGGGAUUUUCUCGUCGUUGCGGUGGGACCGCACUCUACACAUGGAAGAAUGCAGCUUUCCCUCCGGGCGGAUGUCGAGGAAACGCCGCUGCAGCAGAAGCUUGGUCGCCUUGCCAAAUACCUCAUUUUCAUCGGUUUUGGUAUUGGUAUCAUCUUCUUCCUGAUUCUGUUUAUUCGUUGGCUAGUGCAGGUGGGAAGAGGUGACUUGGACCACCUCACCCCCCAAGAAAAAGGCGAGGAGUUCCUGGAUAUCUUCAUGCUCGCAGUAAAUCUGGUUGUCAUAGGCGUCCCAGAGGGUCUAUCGCUCGCUGUUGCUGUUGCCCUUGCCUUUGCAACAACUCGAAUGUUGAAGGACAACAACUUGGUGAGGCUUCUCCGGUCUUGCGAGAUCAUGGGAAACGCUACCACGGUCUGCUCGGACAAAACUGGGACACUGACGACCAACGACAUGACUGUGGUCACGGGAGUUGUGGGAGAGUCCCAAUUCAGCGACGAUGCUGGCACGCCUCCGACUGAAUCCGAAGAAAUCAAGGUCCAGAGUUCUGCCAGGCUGGCGGAGAGUCUCUCGAAAGACGUAAAGGCGCUCCUAAAGCACAGCAUUGUGCUCAAUUCCACGGCCUUUGAGGGCGAUGGCGCUGGAACAGGGGAUUUCGUCGGAUCAAGCACGGAGACUGCUCUUCUCAAGUAUGGCCGUCAGCAUCUUGGCCUGGGACCGGUAACAGAGGAAAGAAGUAACGCGAAUGUGGUUGAGCUGUUCCCUUUCAACUCUACGCUGAAGUGGAUGGCUUGUAUGGUCAAGCUGGACGACGGCAGGUACCGAAUGCUUGCCAAGGGUGCAGCAGAGGUGGUUGUAGGGAACUGUUCGACAACUAUCAAGGACCCCUAUGAAGGUUUGACGACAACUGAUAUGACCGCUGCCAUGCGGGAUCGACUGGCCCAGUUGACAAGGACAUAUGCCGCCAACCAGCUCCGGGUGAUUGCACUCGCAUACCGAGAUUUUGACACGCCUCCGAUGAGUGACAAGGGAGGAAGGCCGGGCAAGACGGAGGCAGUGAACUUCACCAAUCUCUUCAGCGAGAAGAUGACAUUCCUCGGUCUCUUCGCCAUCCGCGACCCGCUGCGGCCCGAGGUGAUUGAAUCUGUGCGGCAGUGCAAGGAUGCCGGGGUGUUUGUCAGAAUGGUCACCGGCGACAACUUCCUCACGGCAAAGUCCAUAGCCAUCGAGAGCGGAAUAUAUACCGCUGGUGGUAUUGCGAUGGACGGGCCGACGUUCAGACAGCUUAGCGACGAACAGCUUGAUCUUGUGAUUCCAAGAUUACAGGUCCUGGCUAGGUCGAGCCCGGAAGAUAAGCAAGUGCUUGUACAACACCUGAAGCGCAUGGGUGAAACAAUCGCUGUAACAGGUGAUGGAACCAAUGAUGCUCCUGCGCUGAAGGCGGCAGACGUCGGAUUUGCUAUGGGGGUCUCGGGGACCGAGAUCGCAAAAGAAGCCAGCUCUAUUAUACUGCUCGACGACAACUUCCGCAGUAUAGUUCGAGCCCUUGCUUGGGGCCGUAUGGUCAACGAUGCCUCAAAGAAGUUUCUACAGUUCCAACUUACAAUCAACAUUACUGCUGCUGUUCUGACUAUAGUCUCUACCCUUGUGGCUGGACCGGACUCGUCUAUUUUCGCCGUCAUUCAACUGCUAUGGCUGAACCUAAUCAUGGACAUUUUCGCCUCACUAGCCCUAUCAACCGGGGACCCCAGCCGAGACGCGUUGAAAAGACGUCCCGAGCCUCGAAAUGCAUCGAUCAUCUCUAUACAGAUGUGGAAGAUGAUUCUGGGACAGACUAUCUACCAGCUCACAGUCAUCUUUGUGCUUCAUUAUGCCGGUCACAAGUUCUUUCCCACUUCUACCGACUACGAAAGGACCCAGCUCCAAACCUUUGUCUGGAACACGUAUAUGCUGAUAUGCCUGUUCAACCAAUCCAACUGUCGACGUGUAGAUAAUAACUUACACAUCUACGAGGGAAUUCUCCACAACCCCUGGUUCCUAGGGGUACAAGCUCUGACCAUUGCUGGUCAAGUGACCAUCGUACUCAAAGGCGGAGAGGCAUUCCAAGUUGCACCCAUUACUCCCGCUCAGUGGGGCUUCUCGAUCCUGUUUGGCUUCCUGGUCCUCCCUAUUGGAGCAUUAAUAAGACUAGUGCCUGACCAGAUCGUGGUCGUGAUCGCUCACAGACUCUCACCCCUUUUGACACCGAUCAGGAUGAUAAGGAAGAGGAAGGCUGAAAAGAAGAAAGCCAAAGCCAAGGAUGCGGAGAAGAGCGAAGAGGAGAGAGAGCCCGCCGGUGAGGAGUAUUACGACGAGAAGGACGAGGAGCGCCGAGCAAGACGAAUGCAGUGGCGUUGGGUCAAGGCUACACUCGCGGGAGACCAGGAGUUCUUCGAAGAUUUCCUACACUUGCAUCACGAGGGGGAACAGCGCGCGGAAGCAUUCACCAGAAAGAGUAGAACAAGCCGAACACAGGCGCUCAGUGCUAGAGCCGGCUUGGUUUCCGCCGGGCUUGCAGCUGCUGGGGUAGAUGUGAAGCACCACCGACUCGUUCCCAGGACAGGUAUCUUGGAAGGCCCCCCGCGGCCCGAAGCUUCGGGAACGACUGCUGAAAGUACACCCGUGGAUAUUCAGCAGGUCAUCGACAUUGUAAGGCGGAACCCCGAGGACUGUCCAUCCGGCUUGCAGAUUGAGGUGCAUAGUGGCACUUCACAAGAAGAUCCCGUGCUGCCGGCAAGGGAGGUAUUGGAUAGUAGUACACCUCCCAGCCAGAACCCGAACUAUAUGAGGUUCGUAGACGGCUGGUCAUGGUAGCAAACAAGAUGCAGAUAGCAGCUCCAUGGUUCAAAUUCAAUUUAUAAGGC